CCGGGGCCUGGGCUGGUGCGGUCCUCGGUCCCGUCGGACAGCCCCGUUCCCAACCCCGGCUCGGACACCACCCGGUCUCGCACCGUCGGGCAGGUCCAGGGGUCUCAGCCCCUCCCCCGUUCUCUGGUCCCGGGGGGCGCGCUGGGGGCGGGGAUGUCGCCGGCUGCCUGGCGCCCUGCGGCGGCCACACUCCCCGCUCUGGGCCCCGGGCCCGCCGCCCUGGGAGCGCACAAAGCGCCGCGGACGCGCCCCCGAGGCGCGGGGUCUCACCAGCUCUCGCUCCCCUCGGCGGGCUCCUGCCCCCAGGACUGCCCGGUGGCACCGACGCGGCCCGGGAUGGGGUGAGGGGUGUCUGCGCCCCACCUGGCCGCUCCUCUGCCGCGGCCCACACUGGCGACUUUGACCCCAGCAAGCGGGUCACUGCCCUGCCCGGCUCCGGCCUCUGCGGCGCCCCCGCCACCGGCCCGACUCGGCCACCGGGCUUCUGCUCCGACUCCGAACCGACCGACCCAGCCCUCUCGGCGCCCGCAUCCUCCAAGGACCGGCCAGGGCUGCUUUCUGCCCUUGCUAUUGGGCGCAUGAGGGUUGGGGGGUCGAGGCGCACCCAGGCCGGCACCCAGGCCUGCCCCGCCCCCACGGGGUGAGGGCUCAGGGCUUUGUCAACAGCCUGUGGCCCCUGAACCCGCCCUGGUGCCCUGACCUUCCGCUGCCUUCUCUGGUUUCACAAAAACAUCCCGGCUCCGAUGCCGGAGCUCCUCAAAGCGUCUGAGAGGCCCCUUGCGGACGCCCUGGGAGCCCCGCUGCCUUCCUGAACCAGUGGCCGCUGCACCCAUCCUGUGGGCCCAGCUCCAGGUCUGCGACUCCCUCAGCCACCCCCAGUGGGAAUUGGUGGAGCCUGAGGGAGCCAUGAGCACACAAGAGUCACGUGUUCUGCCAGGGCGGACAUGGGACAGGACAGGGGGUGCCAGCCCUGCAAAGGGGCCGGGGCAGUGGAGCUCAGGUGGCCCCAAGGCCUGGUGGUGGCUGGUGUGGCCUGGCAGGCGGCUGUGGGAGGGAGGAAGGGGGUGGUGUGCGGUGGAGGGGCUAGGAAAGGCGGGCAGGGCACCUCGGGAGAUCCCUCAUUGGGCACCUCGGGAACCCCCCCGGCAUUGGGCACCUCGGGAACCCCUGCACUGGGCACCUCGGGAACCCCUCCCCUAAUUCUUAUGACUCCAAGGCCUGAGAAGGAGCUUGGUCACCUGGACUGUGAAGGCCGAGGGUGGGGUCUCUGGUGGGUGGCCCCACCUACCAGCAGCGUCGCCAGCAGGGUAAUAAGGGGCACUGCGGCCAUGGGGAGCCCCGGGUGGCACCUCCACAGCUGGGAGUUUCUGUCCACUUCUUCAGUCAACAGAUAUUGAUCCCGGGCUGACGGGGGCCCGGGGUUGUCAGUGUCUCCUGUCAGGGGAGAGGGCUGGGUGAGAUCAUCAGAGGAGCCUCCCUUCUUCCCUUCAGGCUGGUGUCACCUUCAGUGACGGGGCAGGGUCCCUAUUUGGGAAGUUAAAUCAUCAUCCCCCUCCCAGGACCACAGCGGUCUCAGCCCUGCUCUCCAGGCCGGGCUGUCUCCUGGGUGCUCAGCUGGAAAUUGGCCCAUCCCCCCGGCUCCACCCACCCCUGCUGGGAUGAGGGGCUGGAGUCUCCCUACCCACAUGGGACCCACCGCCCGCAGGGAACGGAGGACCCCCACACUUCUACACCUCCUGCCUCACUAUCAGAGACCCAGUGGAGAAUUGCCCCCCACCCCACCUCUUGUAUUCAGAGGCCCUGACCCCUAGGGACCAGGACUAGGGGUGCCCUGAUGGGGAGCCCACCUGUGGCCUGUGGAUGCUGAGCUGUCGGGGGAAUCCUCCAGGAUCCCCAGCCCCACUUUCCCAACCUUCUGUUGAGGUUGGGGGGGACACAAAGAGCCCCACUCCCUCUUCCUCACCACUCCUGGGCCCUGACUGCUUCAAAGAAAGGCCUGGGGGACUGGGCAGCCCGCCCCUCCCUCAGCUCACUGGGGUCUCCAGACUGCAUGCACGGCUGGAAGGUGGGGCCCUGGCACUCAAGGACCUUGUGUGUGGAGGUGCCAUCUCCUCUCGCACUGGCUUGGGGGUGCUCCCAGUGGCUCUGGGGUCAACAUGGCAGUCAUUGAAUGGCUCCUGUUUCUCUGGCAGAGUUGGGGCAGAGCCAGGCUUGGCCACGCUGGGCUCUAAGGGGCUGUCAUUUUGCCCAGGGAGCUCCUGGCUGGGCUGUCCUCUCCCCAGGGUGAGCACGCAUGCCCCUAACCCCCACUGCAGGGCCCCCAGGCAGGGAACAGCUUAUCAGCCAGUAUCCUUCCUCCUUGGCCCCUGCCUGCAUCUCCACCAUCCGCCCUGCUCCAGCUGCCGUUUGUCUUUCUCCCUGUCCCCUGCCCAGAGCCCCAGGCCUCCCCUGCACCCCUGAGCCUGCCCACCUAGCAGUGCCCCUCCUCCAGGGCCCCUCCUCCAGGGCCCCUCCUCCAGGGCCCCUCCUCCAGGGCCCCUCGGGGUUGGGGGUGCACACAGCAGGGAGAGGCGGCUCCUGCUGCUCCUCACCCAGCCCAGCUCAGUGGCCAGAGCCGCCCAGGGCAGUGGCAGCAGAUGGGGCUGUUUGAUCAGAAUCAGGAAAAAUAAGGCCCCUUGGGUGACCCCAGAGCUGGGGACGCCAAAACUGCUCCUCCUCCCCCACCCGCCUGCUGCUUUCUCCACCAGGGAGAGCCCCCUCCCUACUCCGUGGGUCCUUCGCCCCAGUGCUAAGCCUGCAUGGCUGCUCACCUGGCUCAGGGACUGGGGAUCAGCGAUGCUCGGGUCCUGCCUCCCAUCGGCCCCUACCUGAGCCCAGGGUCCAAGGGCUGCGGUUGGGAGCCCCUUAGCAGGCUGUGACGCAGGUGCCUGUCCCUAUCAUUCAGCUGUCACCCUGUUUGGUGCAUCUCAGGCCCUGUUAGCAGGAGGAGCCCCAGGUGGUGCUGGCCCCACACAGGCUCACCCAGCAGCUGCCUGGAGGAGGCUAAAAUCCAGGCUGUCCCAUGGCAGCCAGCUGUCCAGCCCUGCCCAGAAAUCCUCCGCUCCAGCGGCAGCCUUCGCCCCUCUCCCCGGCUUCUUCCUGGCACUGCCUUCCAGCUGGCCGGCCCUCCAUCUGCCCAGCCCUCCAUCCACACCUCUUAUUCCGUUUGAGGGUGCCCCAAAGAAGAGUUCAUCACAGCCUGGGGGCUCACAGCCAGCCACUCGCGGGCCCCGGGACUUGCACACGGGCCCCACGGGAAGACCCUCCCUGCUUCUCCCACAGAAUUCAGUUGGUGCAGAAACUAGGCUCUGCAGCAAUGAAAGGCCGAUUUGUGGAGCUGUUCCCGCCCCGAACUCCCAGCUCAGAUGCUGGCUCUGGCCUGGGACCAGGUGCUGUGACUCCCACAGCCCUGGCAGACACCACAGGGGCUGUCCUCCCCACCCUGUGCCCCCACUCUAGGCCAGCUCCUCCUCUGAGCCGGCGCUGGCAGUGCUAAUCUCAAAGGAAUGUGCAGCCAGCCUGUAGUGUCCCAUGGGACCCAGGAAGCCCAACCGAGCCUUGCAUGGCACCCAUGGGGCACCUAGGCACCACAGUGCUGGGCAGGGGCAUGCAUGUGACACAGAUCCCCGAGUGUGGGUCCCACACACUUGGCCUGGCACAGCUGCAAGCCAGCCCAGCCACUUUGCUCACCGUGGCACUGGGGCCAAGUGAUGAAAGGUCUGGGCACCGCCACCCUCAGGCUCGGCACGUUGGCUCAGGACUCUGAGGCUGAGAGGAGCAGCUUAAGGGGAGGGCCCCCCCACUGGCCAGGGCUCCCCAGGCUCUGCUGCUCUGCCACUCAGCUGCCCUCGGAGGAGCGCGCACACCCACCAGGACUGCAUUGCCCCAGCCGUGCAGCCCCUGCCAGAUGUGGGAGGCAGCUAGCUGCCCAGAGGCAUGCCCCCCUGUCAGCCACGUCGACCCCUCCUACUGUUGCUGCUGCUGCUGGCCUGCCAGAGCUGGUCUGUAACAGAACCUUCGACAAGUAUUCCUGCUGGCCAGACACCCCCGCCAAUACCACGGCCAACAUCUCCUGCCCCUGGUACCUGCCUUGGCACCACAAAGUGCAACACCGCUUCGUGUUCAAGAGAUGCGGGCCCGAUGGUCAGUGGGUGCGCGGACCCCGGGGGCAGCCUUGGCGUGACGCCUCUCAGUGCCAGAUGGACGGCGAGGAGCUUGAGGUCCAGAAGGAGGUGGCUAAGAUGUACAGCAGCUUCCAGGUGAUGUACACGGUGGGCUACAGCCUGUCCCUGGGGGCCCUGCUCCUCGCCUUGGCCAUCCUGGGGGGCAUCAGCAAGCUGCACUGCACCCGCAAUGCCAUCCAUGCGAACCUGUUUGUGUCCUUCGUGCUGAAGGCCAGCUCUGUGCUGGUCAUCGAUGGGCUACUCAGGACCCGCUACAGCCAGAAGAUUGGCGACGACCUCAGUGUCAGCAUCUGGCUCAGUGAUGGAGCGGUGGCCGGCUGCCGUGUGGCCGCGGUGUUCAUGCAAUAUGGCGUCGUGGCCAACUACUGCUGGCUGCUGGUGGAGGGCCUGUACCUGCACAACCUGCUGGGCCUGGCCACCCUCCCUGAGAGGAGCUUCUUCAGCCUCUACCUGGGCAUCGGCUGGGGUGCCCCCAUGCUGUUCAUCAUCCCCUGGGUGGUGGUCAGGUGUCUGUUCGAGAACAUCCAGUGCUGGACCAGCAAUAACAACAUGGACUUCUGGUGGAUCCUGCGGUUCCCCGUCUUCCUGGCCAUCCUGAUCAACUUCUUCAUCUUCAUCCGCAUUGUUCACCUGCUCGUGGCCAAGCUGCGGGCGCGGCAGAUGCACCACACAGACUACAAGUUCCGGCUGGCCAAGUCCACACUGACCCUCAUCCCCCUGCUGGGUGUCCAUGAAGUGGUCUUCGCCUUCGUGACGGACGAGCACGCCCAGGGCACCCUGCGCUUCGCCAAGCUCUUCUUCGACCUCUUCCUCAGCUCCUUCCAGGGCCUGCUGGUGGCUGUCCUCUACUGCUUCCUCAACAAGGAGGUGCAGUCGGAACUUCGGCGGCAUUGGCACCGCUGGCGCCUGGGCAAAGUGCUGCAGGAGGAGCGGGGCACCAGCAACCACAAGGCCCCAUCUGCGCCUGGCCAAGGCCUUCCUGGCAAGAAGCUGCAGUCUGGGAGGGGUGGUGGCAGCCAGGACUCAUCUGCGGAGAUCCCCUUGGCUGGUGGCCUCCCUAGGUUGGCUGAGAGCCCCUUCUCAACUCUGCUGGGACCCCAGCUAGGGCUGGACUCAGGCACCUAGAGGGCAUCGCUGGACAACCCAGAACCAGACGCCCAGCUGAGGCUGGGGGCAGGGGAGCCAAAAGCAGCCCCCGCCUAUCGCCUACCCCCAGUGAGAGUCCGAGAGAUGGGGCCUCCUCUCCCUGCACCUGCCCUGUCCCUGGUGCAGGGGUGAGCUGAGGAGCCCAGGGCAGAGGUAGGGGCUGUGCGGUGAACUGCUCACCAGUGUCCCCAUGUAUGUUGGCACGUGCUACAUGCGUGGAGAUGUCCUCCAACAAUAAAGAGCUCAAGUGGUCACCACG